AUGAUUGUGGGAGUCUCUGUGGCCUUUGCGGUCCUGCGUAUGCGAUAUCCCAUGGUAUACAGCUACAACAUUAUUGCCGAGCUGGUCCCGGUGAAGUUCGAAGAGGGCUUCUUCAGCUGGAUGAAAGUGGGCUUCCAGGUGCGCCAGAACGAGUUCCUGGGG